AAAUCCGGCCAGCCGAAAAUCCGGCCCGAUUUUCGUGCCAAGAUCAGCCUGGUCAAACAACACGUAUAUGUACACACGUGGGACUUUCCAACUUCCCAAGGUCAAUUAUUAAUAGUUUGCUACCCAGACUCCCGUAAAGCGAAUGAUGAUGGUAGGAAAUUUGGAUCAGAUUGGGGCCUGUCUUAUUUCCAAGGCCGCUUGGUGGCGCUAUACUACAUGUCUGGAGUACCGAAGUUUGAAGAUUUGUUGUCGUAAGUGCACAAUCAUGACUAUGCCGGAGAAAAGAGCGAAGGUUUGGUGCUCCGCACCUAAUUGCACCAAUAAUCCGAAGAAAACACCACAUAACUCUUUCUACCGUUUUCCAAAAGACAGUGAGAGAUCUGCUAAGUGGGUGGUAUCAACAGGGCGAGAUGACCUACGUGACAGGCCAGCGGACUACCGCUACAGAAACUGCAGGAUAUGCUCCGAGCAUUUUGAAAAACGUCAAAUCCUGUGCACCGGAAGACUGGUGUGGAAUGCAGUUCCCACUGUGUUCAGUGUCUCGGACUUGCCUCCGAAGCGAAAGCGAGCGAGAAGAGGUGCUGGUACCGGAAGCACUGGGCCUACUACUACUACUACUACUACUACUACUACAAGAAGCCCCGAAAAGACAUGUGAGCAAGAUUCAGACGUGAGCCCGGAUACGGAACAAGAUCCAGCAGACCACAGCUAUGCGAGGGCCACAGAAACUACCGAGGCAAGCACUACCAGUGAGGCAAGCACUACCAGUGAGGCAGGCACUACCAGUGAGGCAAGCACGACCAUUGAGGCAAGCACUACCAUUGAGGCAAGCACUACCAGUGAAGCAAGCACUACCAGUGAGGCAAGCACUACCAGUGAGGCAAGCACUACCAGUGAGGCCAGCAGGUGUGAUGUACAAUUACAAUCCACGCCUUCACAGACUGAUCCAGUGCUCACACUCACAGAAGCCCCUCCAGACACUGCAGAGGUUGCGACAAUGUGCAAUCUCGCAAAGUCCACAGACCGGGUCAAAAUAUUUCGACUCAAAAAGAAGGUCAAAGUUUUAAAGGCCAGCGCUGAAACAACGAAAGACCCCACUGUUACGGUUAAAGACAUCGUCGAAGAAUCGGCCAAAUACCUCGACGAAACCACCCUGCAUUUCUUUGAAAGUCAGCUGCAAAUCGGGACAAAACGAACCAAGGGUAGACGCUACACGAAUAGUGACAAACGCAAGGCUUACGCUCUGCUCUGCCAGAGCCCCGCGGCCUACAGGUUCUAUCGCAAGCUCAAGCUGUUCGCCUUGCCGAGCGACCGCUGCUUACGGAGGUGGUUGAAGAGCGCGCCGGCUCAGCAGGGUUUGAACGACGCCAGCUUUGAGGGCCUGAAGCAGACGGCCAGGACCAUGUCCGAGAGGUUGUACUCCGCAGUGAAACUCUACAACCAGGACCUGACUAAAGGAAAGAUUCACAAGAAGAAAAAGACAGACAAGAAGGCAAAGAGGAAGGACAAACAAUUACCGGCUCCGGUAUGUGAAACAUCCCUUGAGGCUGUUGAAGCUGUUGAGUCUGUGUAUAGUUUGCUAGCAUUUGCUCAAGAGGUGUCAAUUUAACCCUAUCUCCCUAGGCAGUUUUGCUAGGAUGUAACCUUAAUCCUGCAAAAUCCUCCAAUUGCCUCCAUGUAAAAAUGAAUACAGCCUCAAUCCUACAAAAUGCUCCGUUGUUUUCUUGAAUAUGGUCGUUGGAGGAGUGACUACUGCCUCAAUGCUGCAAAAUCCUCCGGCAAUCACUGUCAUUACAAUGUAUGUUGAGGCAAAGCCAGUGACAUCCUGGA